CGUUUAUCAAAAUCUAGAGUCAUCCCACCCCCUCCGAGCUGUUACUCUCGAGCUGACAAGGCUGUCUCGCCUGUUGGGCGGGGUUAUGAGACUGCGCCGCAAAUGCCUGAGCAUGUACGGGGUGGGUAUAAAGGCGAAGAAAAACGAGGCUGCCCCCUUCUUUCCUUCUUAUCCCCAAGUUUGAUACUCUUGCCAUUUAGAUUCAUAGUCGUAUUUGUCUUUCAUACCACCACCACCACAGGAGCUCGGUCUAAAAUCGCAAGUUUAGAGCUGUCCCGCACCCAACAUACAAUUCAACAGUCAUUGCUCCUUUUCCGGCUCAUUACUCCGACAGUGACACCAUGAAGGGGUUACUUCCCGUUAUCUGCACCAGCCUAUUGGCAUGCUAUGUUCAGGCUGGACCGGCAGCAUACGGGAUCUGCCAAGCCGGCUGCGCAUCUGUGGUCACAGCUUGCUACGCAGCAGCAGGCUGUACUUGGGGAGCAACUCUUGGGGCUACUGCGCCAGCAUCCGUCUUAGCCUGCAAUGGUGCCUUUGGAAUCUGUCAAGGUGCAUGUGCCACUGCACUACUGGCACCAACCUUAUAAG